GGGCAGGAAAUAACCUUCUCCCCAGCUAGCACUCUGAACUGUGGUCUGGUGAGAUUCCAGGGCUAGAGGGUUGUGGAGAAAGCGUCAAUUGUUUUUAAACUUUCAUUUUUAGGCUGCACCCUGAGAGGCCAUUGUGCUGGGCCUUCUCUCCCUGUCGUCUUCUAGAAACAACCUGUGGUCUGGGAUACAGAAGGUAAGAUCAGGAGCUGCCCAGCCAGAGCUCCAAGGCUGAGGCCCCUGCGACAGAGAGGUAGGUGCCCUGCCCCCACCCUCUGCAUUGUGGUUUUCAGCUUUGCUGACUAAGGUCCUUCUUGGGGUGGAUUGUGGGGAGAUGGAAGCCCCGGGCCCCAAGGGUCCCCUGGUGGGUAGUACCUCACAGAACACUUUCAGGUCUGGGUCUGGGAUAGUCUUCGUCUUCUUUCUUCACCACAUUUGCUGUCUCACUGGGGUUGGGUGAGGUGUGUAUGUGGGGCACCUUCAUUUCUUUCUCCAUCAGUUCUGUUUUCAACAAUUCUCUGCCGGGUGUGAGUUCUGGGAUGAUGUAUGCCCAGUCUGUCCACUAGAGGUGUCUCCAAGUCCAGGCUCUGGGUAUGUCUGGGCACUAGGGAAACACAGAGCUAGGGGAAGUACCUCAGUCCUGGAACGGUAUGAGAGUGAGGAGAGCACAACAGUGGAUUUCUUGGUACCCACAUGCUCCACUCCAGCCUGCAUCCAUCCAUCCCACAGCCCAGGGGUCACAGAGCCCAGAAGGCAGCCUUAGUCCUGCUAGGUGCCUGCCUGGUGGUACUAUGGGGACUGGGGGAGCUGCCAGACUACACUCUCCAGUGGCUGGUGUUCCACCUGGCCUCCCAGCAGAUGGGACUGUUGUUCAAGGGGGUCUGCAGUCUGGCCGAGGAGCUAUACCACGUCCACUCCAGGUACCAGGGCAGUUCGUGGAAGGCUGUGCGGGCCUGCCUGGGCUGCCCCAUCCGCUGCGGGGCCCUGCUGCUGCUGUCCUGCUAUUUCUACUUCUCCCUCCCAAACACAACUGGCCUGCCCUUCACUUGGAUGUUUGCCCUCCUGGGCAUCUCACAGGCACUAAACAUCCUUCUGGGCCUCCAGGGCCUGGCCCCGGCUGAGGUCUCUGCGCUCUGUGAAACAAGGAACUUCAACGUGGCCCAUGGGCUGGCCUGGUCAUACUAUAUUGGAUACCUGCGACUGAUCCUGCCAGGGCUCCAGGCCCGGAUCCAGACUUACAACCGGUUCCACAACAACGUGAUCCGGGGCCCAGGGAGCCACCGGCUGCACAUCCUCUUCCCGUUGGACUGUGGGGUGCCUGAUGACCUAAGUGUGGCUGACCCCAACAUUCGCUUCCUGAACGAGCUGCCUCAGCAAAGUGCUGACCGUGCCGGCAUCAAGGGUCGGGUUUACACCAACAGCGUCUAUGAGCUUCUGGAGAACGGGCAGCAGGCAGGCAUCUGUAUCCUGGAGUAUGCCACCCCCUUGCAGACCCUGUUUGCCAUGUCACAGCAUGGCCAAGCUGGCUUUAGCCGGGAGGAUCGUCUUGAGCAAGCCAAACUUUUCUGCCGGACGCUGGAAGACAUCCUGGCAGAUGCCCCCGCGUCUCAGAACAACUGCCGCCUCAUUGUCUACCAGGAACCGGCAGAGGGAAGCAGCUUCUCCCUGUCACAGGAGAUUAUCCAGCACCUUCGUCAGGAGGAAAGGGAGGUUACUGUGGGAAGCGCUGGGACCUCAGUGGUGCCCAAUUUUUCCAGGCUGUCCCAAGAGCCUGAGCUCCUUAUCAGUGGCAUGGAACAGCCUCUCCCGCUCCGCACAGAUGUCUUCUGAAGCCCAGGGUUACCUUGCCUGAGCCCCCAGCCAUUCCCAAGACUCUGGUUUAGGGGAUUUCUUCAGCAGCUGGAGGCCCAGCAGAGCCAUUUCCUCCCACAGGGGGCCUCUCAGAGAAGGUCCCUGGACUUGGCAUCUCAAGAAGAAUCCUGUGACCUUGGGCAAAUUGUUUAACCUCUCUGGGCCUCAAUGUCCUCAUCUAUGAAAUGCCUCACCUACCUCACAGGGGUGUUGUGAGGGCUACAGCUAUCUGGAAGUUUUCUGUAGGCUCUAAAUGCCCAGUAAACAAAAGGGAUGU